AUGGAGAAAGAAUUUGCUGAACUCCGAGAAGAAGUGCGCGCCUUACGAAAGGAGCUGUCCCGCGUUUCAGACGAAGCUGAAGUGCGUAAGAGUCAUCACAAAUACGGGUAUUACCUCGACAAAUGCCUGUACAAUGAAGUCGUAGACAUGUUCUCCGACCACCCCGACGCCUACGUCGAGUUCCUCGGCUCACGCUACCGCGGCAAAGCCGGCAUCAAACGUCUCUACCAAGGCCGAUUCCAAAGCAUGUUCGUCGCCGGCCGCAACGGGCCCGUCCACGGCUGGCUACUGGACCACAUCAUGAUGCAAGACAUCGUCGACGUCGACGACACCGGCACCCACGCCUGGUGCCGCAUGCGCACGCUCAUGCAAGCCGGCACGCACCAGAGCAUCGAGGAGUCCUACCCGCGCGGCCACCGGCAGUGGUGGGAGGGCGGGCUGUAUGAGAACGAGUAUAUCAAGGAAGAUGGGGUGUGGAAGUUGUUCCGGUAUCGGUAUUUCCCGUUUUGGCAUGCGGAUUUUGCGAAGGGCUGGAGUCAUACCAAGAAGAAUUACAUCCCCUGGCCUACGGUGACAUAUCCGGAGGAUCCGUUGGGGCCGGAUGAGCUAUUAAAGCAGAAGAUGUUGUGGCCGGAUACGCGGGUGGUGCCGUUUCAUUAUCCGCAUCCGGUAACGGGGAAGAAGACGGCGGAGGAUGAUUUACGGGCUCCGGUGUAUGGGGCCGAUGUGGAGACGAGUGACCCCGCGUUGAGGUUGGAUUUGCCGGAGGGGCAGAGCCGCCCGGGGGCUAGUGAGCAGGAGUCUAGGCCGGGGGAAAAAGUGUUGCCCGAGUUGGUACAGAACAAGGCGGUGGAGUAG